GGUGCAAAAUGUACGCAGAUACACAUGCUGUAGGGCUCGUUGUUGGGCACCAAACCGCACGUGGAACUGUGUGUUUCAAGCGAGUCACUCGAGUGCGGUUGAACAAAAGUCCAUGUGGGUGGACCUGGACUGCUACGCUAACCCGGCGACCGCUCCAAUUAUUCUACCAUCCUCAAGAUCUAGUCACGAGGAUUCUACAUCUGCUUCAGCUAUAUCUUCGGUCGUAUCAACGAGGCAGCGCUAUGGACUUCGCGAGCAGUUUCGUGGCACGUCAAACGAGCUCGAGGCCCAGGCCUUGGUCGUGCAGGAUUUGCGAUAAAGCUUUCACACACCACCAUGAUCUGAGGAACCAUCAUCGAACCCACACCGGGGAGAAGCCUUUCCAAUGCCCUGUCUGUGAAAUGGAGUUUAUUCAGCAAACGCAACUUUCAUCGCACCUUCGAACCCACACAGGGGACAAGCCUUACAAGUGCGUGUAUUGCCAUAAGGCGUUUGCACAUGGCUCGGACCUAUCAAAACAUGUCCGAAUCCACACAGGAGAGAAACCAUACAAAUGCAAAACGUGCGGCACAGCUUUCACGCAAUCUGUCUCUCUCCGAAAUCAUUCUAGAAUCCAUUCUGGAGAGAAGCCCUUCGUAUGUAAUAUUUGUUGUAAGGCUUUUCGGGACGCUAGCAAUCUUCGAGCUCAUGGCCGAGCUUACCACACCCAGGACAAGGUCAUAGAGGUCAUAACUGUUGAAUGACGUCUUUUACGUGUCCUCUGAACGGAAAAUUGUUUUUCCGUUGUCAAUUUGGUGUUGGUUCUUAAGGUUAUACUUACGUAGUACAUAUUGGUGAUUUGCCGGUUUCUGUUCAAACGUUCGUUGAAGAAAAGUGAAGCGUAGAAAAAUAAACCCUGGCCGAAGAAAAGUCUUCGUCAAGUUAUUGUAGCUCACGAAACUGUUCGUUUUGUUCGUGUUGUUUUCUUCUUUGUUCUCUUUUUCAUGACCAGUAUGUUAACAUAAUGUCUUCUUUCCUACGCGACUGCCUGCGAUGUUCCUGUUAUUUAUAUUUAUGAAUAUAUCUUUUAUAUGUUAUUUGUUGAUAUUUUUAGUUAAUGCACGCUUUGCACAUGUUAUAUUUUGGCUUGAUCAUGUUCUUGAUUUUUUUUUUGCAUUUGUUACAUUUUAACUUGGUCAGGUUCUUGAUUUUUUUUUUUGCAUUUGUUAUAUAUUAACUUGGUCAGGUUCUUGAUUUUUUUUUGCAUUUGUUAUAUUUUAACUUGGUCAGGUUCUUGAUUUUUUUGUGCAUUUGUUAUAUUUGAAGCCGGUUCCAUGCCGCAACAACUUCUUUUCCUCUCUCAGGUCGUGUCGUGCACGACAUUGUGCACUGGAAGUCACCGUUUCUGGUGGAGGGCCGCGCCCUAGGCUGAAGCACUCCCUCCAUUUUCAAUCUUGGAAUUACCGGCCUCUUGUUUUGUUAACAUUUCUUUUCCAUUGUUUUUUGCAACCCUUGCGUUCUUACAGGUGUGCGUGCCUUUUGCUAUAUUCUAGUUGCUGUGUGUGUGUGUUACUCACGUUUCUCUUAUUUUGUAUAUUCCUGUUAAGAAGGAUCUUGUAAAGUUAUGUGAAAUGGCUAAUUAAAUUAUCGGAGGCAGACCA